AUGAAUAAACCCAUCUACAACAAGAUACUACUCACCAUCCUCAUCCUCUCAGACUUGGCAACAGCGAAAUUCAAUAUCAUGAAUCCAGAAAACACGGUAACCAAGACAGAAACGGUAACUGUCACAGACAGCCAUCAUUCUCACGAACCAGCUCAGGCAAAGAGAGGAGGUACUUGUCAAUUCCCCUACUAUCAAGGGAUGGUAGCCGUCCAAAAGAGUGGAUCAAAUGCCGGUUGGGCCAUGCAUGACGACCAGCAAUGUUCAUAUGGAUCAUGGUGCCCCUAUGCCUGUGAGUCCGGUCAGUUGAUGGGCCAAUGGGACCCCUCUGUCACUUCAUACUCGUAUCCCGGAUCCCAAAAUGGUGGCUUGUAUUGUGAUUCCAAUGGGAAAUUGCAGAAACCUAUUAGUGAUCAUGAUUAUUGUUAUCAGGGGAAGGGAACCGUCUCUGCGGUGAAUAAGUGUGGCGGUGGAUCCGUUUCAUUCUGCCAAACUGUCUUGCCAGGGAAUGAAGAAAUGUUGAUCCCCACUUUGGUGGGUCAAGGAAGUGAAGUCACUUUGGCGGUACCAGGAACUGAUUAUUGGGCAUCCACAGCAGCCCAUUAUUAUAUUAAUCCACCGGGAAAGGGUGUGGAUGAUGCAUGCAAAUGGGGGAGCACUUCUGAACCAUGCGGGAAUUGGUCUCCAUAUGUGGCAGGAGCUAAUAUGGAUGACAAUGGGAAUACCUUUGUCAAGAUUGGUUGGAACCCUGUUUAUUUGGAACAAUCAUCCCCUUUUAAGGACUCAAAGCCUAGCUUUGGCGUCAAAAUCACUUGCGAUGAUCCAUCACAAUGCGAUGGAUUAGAUUGUUCCAUCGAUCCUUCAGUUAAUGGGGUAAACGGUGUUAGCAGUUCAGAAAGUAGCUCAGGUGCAGGAGGUGGUAAUUUCUGCGUGGUCACUGCAAAGAAGGGAGCCAAGGCCAAGAUUGUAGUGUUCGAUACAAGUGGUGGCGGUGGUGGAAGUAGUAAUGCACCAAAGCAAAAAAGAGAGAUAUUUGUCCCACAAACGACUGUGACUGAAACAAGAACAGCAUGGGUCACUUCAACAAGAGUCGUUUGA